AAUGACGUAAGAAUAAGUCGAGAAAAGUAACGUGUUCUUUCUUAACGGUAAUAUUUUUUGAAUCGAGUGAAAAGAUUAAAGAAAGUUUUAUAGCUUAAUUAUGGAAACGAAAGGAUGGAAAUAUGUUUUUGUGGAUGGAAAACUUUAUAAAUAUGAUCAUUCUUCGGUUGAAAAUACGUCAUUUGUUCAUAAUAUCUUGGAUGAGACAUUCCCGAAGCAUCAACAAGAUUGCCAUUCCGGAUAUCAAUCACGAGGUAUUCAGGAGCCAUCUUACUUAUAUCGCAGAAUCUUUUAUAAUACUUUUUCUUCUAUGAAUACAGAUUACGAUACGAACCAUUUCAAUUGUGAUUUGGAGGAUCACAUCUUAGAAAACGAUGGGCUCUUCGAAGAUUGCUUAGAUCUACCGGAUCAACAGGUAUUAGAUGAGCUGGGGGAUACUCUAGACAAUUUCCUAGUGAAAACAGAAAGCAGCGAAGAAGAUACGAAUGAUUUUCUAAUCGAUGAUAAACUAUUAGAAACCUUAGAAACUAUAUAUUUAGCUGGGAAAGAUGAAGAAAACAUUGAUUUUAAUCUAACAUUAGAAGAAAUCGAUAACAUUUUGAACGAAGGACAGACAGACAGAUUAGAAGAUCAAGAGAUAUCUGAUUUGUUAAACGAUAUAGAUUCCAUCAUUGGAAAUUAAUUUACCUUCUUUUUUUAUAUGAUUUUUCUAUAUAUAUUUUAAUGUCAUUUUAACCUUUUUUUUAAACGAAAUUUUUUAAUAACAACAUUUAAAUAUAUUUUAAAAGUUAUAAAAUUUAUUAAACGAAUUUUCUAAACUUAAUUAACUAUCUAAUUUCAGUCUUGGAUAAUUAAUUUUGAUACAUUCGACGAAUGUUAUCUAAAGCAAAGAAUGAUAUGAAAUUUUAAUAUCUUUAAUAAUGGGACAUUGUUCUCUCCCCACCUGUGUUUAUGAAUUAAUUAUAAUUAAUUUAUUAUAUUAAUAUAUGAAUGAAUUAUUGGCAAUAUUUUUCCAAUAAAACGUACUUUUGUAUGAAUAUUUUUCCUCUAAAGUUAUAUAUAUAUAUAAAAAAUCAAUAUUUAAGACUUUGAUUGAUAGUUUUGAAGAGUAUUUAACAUGAUCUAUUUAGUUUUACGUGUUAUCAAUCGUUGUAUCUGAGUACUUAUCUAUCUACAUGCAAUACAUCCAGUAAUUAUUUUACUAUAAUUUUUUAAAAAAUCUUUUGUUUUAUU